AUGGCCACCAAAGCUCACUGUGCUUACUGUUUCGAAUCGCUCGUUGCUAGUUUCGAAAAACGACAGCCGCUAUCUCUAUCCCAAGUCGAACAGCUCUGGACCGAACAAUAUGGAGAAGAGGAGGACGAUAUAACAGAUGUCGACGGCGAAGACGAGCCAGAGCCGAGUCCAUCCCGCGUGCCUGCCAUCUCACGCCUCGUCAACAGAGUCACUCCCAAGUCCAACUCGUCCUCGUCGAGCUUGACAUCUCGCUCUACCCAGAACUCCGCCUCGACUCAAGCCUCGACCUCCUCCAGUCGCACCUCUCUAUCCUCUCGCUCCAACAUCUCUCCCUCAGACUCAUACCCUCUCUUUGUGACCUGGAACACUAUCUCCCCACGCAGCCAUCAAAAGUCCCUUCGCGGUUGCAUUGGCACCUUCAAACCACUACCUCUAGAAGAAGGACUCGCAGAUUACGCCUUGACUUCUGCCUUUGAAGACUCUCGCUUCCCACCAAUCCCUUCGUCUCAACUUUCACAACUGCAGUGUUGCGUUACUCUAUUGACUAAUUUCAGCAACCCUACUCACGAUAUCAUGGCUUGGGAGGUCGGCAAGCAUGGUAUCAGGAUCAGUUUUACCUAUCAAGGUAAAAAACUGGGUGCUACCUAUCUGCCUGAUGUAGCCAAGGAGCAAGGGUGGACCAAGGAGGAGGCUUUGGUCAGUUUGAUGAGGAAGGCUGGCUGGUCGGGCAGGAAGGAUGACUGGAGGAAGGUUGCUGCCGGUAUGGAGUUGGUCACGUAUGAAGGCAAGAAGGUCGACUUGAGUUAUGCCGAGUUCAAGGAGUGGAGCGACAAGAUCAGAGUCAAGGCCUGA